AUGUCGGUUCUGAUUAAUGGAGCACUGUCCAAGCCGUUCAAGAUGGAGAGAGGCCUAAGACAAGGGGAUCCUCUAUCUCCGUUCCUGAUUAUUCUUGUGGUUGACGUAUUACAUAGGAUGGUGGGAGAAGCUGUCAGGAAUGGACGUAUAUCUCCUCUGCUGGUUGGGAGGGAUAAAAUAGAACUGUCACACUUACAGUUUGCAGACGACACUAUUUUGUUCUGUCCACCAGAGAUUGAGACAAUCUUGAAUUAUAAGAGGCUCCUGCGAUGCUUUGAACUCAUGUCUGGAGUAAGUAUCAACUUUGACAAAUUGAAUUUGAUUUUCGUUAAUUGUGAAUCGGAGUGGGUAACAAAUAUGUGCGGGCUACUAGGAUGUACUGAAGCGGUCCUACCUGUAAGAUACUUGGGAAUACCCUUAGGAGCAAAUCCUCGACUGGUGAAGACAUGGAAAUCGAUUAUAGACAAGGUAGAAGAGAAGCUCGGUCUGUGGAAAGCAAAUGUACUUAACAAAGCUGAAAAUUUAGUUCUUAUCAAGUCUGUGCUUAAUAGCUUGCCAGUCUACUAUCUUAGCUUAUAUAAGAUGCCAAAAGGGGUAGCAGAGAAGUUGAUUGCGUUGCAAAGGAAUUUCUUAUGGAGAAAAGAGGAUGGUAAUAAUGGUAUGCCUGUGGUAAAAUGGGAAUUGGUGCAGGCUCUGAAAAAGCUAGAGGCUUGGGAGUGGGGGAUGCUGUAA